AGUUUGGUAAAGUAGAAUAGAAUAGAAGCAGAAGCACCAACACACCCCUAACCCUCCUUCCAGAAAUUUCAUGUCCAUCUUGCCCUCACAAACCCAAGCCGCAUCUUCGUCUUCUUCCUCUGCGCCAUCUCCUAACCCUAAUCCCCAACAUGGAAUCCCAAUCCAUUCUCUUCCUCAACCCUUCUCUUCUCUUUCCCCACCACUCAGCCUCGCUUUCGGAUCUCUCCAGAUCUCCGAUAACCCAGGUCCAUCGACUCCAGCUGCACAAGAUUCUGGUGGAUCUUCCGAAAAGGUGACAGAAUUGGGGUCUCCAAGUGACAUGAAGGUUUCACCCCAGCAAAACUCUAGAAUGCAUUCUAGGAGUUACUCCAGAAGACGGAUAGGAGCGGUUUCUACUCAUAGACAUCAACAAACUCCUGGGUCUCUGAAUUCUCACGGAAGUGCCCCUUCAGCAGGGAGGAAAGCUCAGAUGGUGAAUGGGAAUUACUUGCUGAAUUUUCAUUAUGACCCAAUAUCUCGUUCACAACCAAGGGGUCCUCCUCCUCCCCCUACAUCAAGAAGGCAGCGGAAGAGGAAACCAUACAACAAAGAUUUGUUUUUGCAGGCAAAUUACAAGUUCAUGGUGCUGGAUUCGGGAAAUUAUUCGCCUGAGUCGAUGGAUCCAGAUAAAAUGUUGCAGUGGGAAGAUAUUAUAUGUGUGACAUAUUUUACUCCCAUUCCAGUUCAGUGUCCAAUUUGUUUGGAGCGUCCACUGUGUCCACAAAUAACCUCGUGUGGACAUAUUUUCUGUUUCCCAUGUAUUCUACAGUACUUGUUAUUAGGUGAAGAGGAUCACAAAGGUGAUUGCUGGAAAAGGUGUCCUUUAUGCUUUGUGAUGAUAUCUGCCAAGGAUUUAUAUACUCUCCACAUCACAGACGUCAAACAGUAUGGAGUGGGAGAUAAUGUUGAGUUCACCUUUUUAACAAGGAAAAAGGAUUCAUUUACUCUGUCACAUAAAAAUAAAAAAGGGACAGAUGUCACAUCACAUGGCGAUGGAGAUUUAUGUGAUCCCUUUUGCAAGUUCACUCUCACGUCAGAUGUGGAUCUCUCCGUGAGACAUGCAAUAUCAGAUCUGGAUGGUUGGCUGGCCAGAGCUGAUUCAGGUCUUGUUGAUGACCUGGAGAAACUUCCUUAUGUUUGUGCUGCAAUGCAACAAUUAGAACAGAGGAAGAGGUAUUGGAAUGAGCACAGGUCUUGUGACAGUGAAAAAUCUUCUAAGCUUAUUGAUUAUGGACAUCAGAUACCAUCAACAGAUGGAAAUGCUGUGGAUACUGAUGAUGAAAAUUGUUCUAAUGGAUCAAGAACUUCCUCUACAGAUUUCCAUGACCAAAGCAAGGUUAUAAUGUUGGAUAAGUCUAUUGCUGAAGCCUGUUCAGAUAAUACCUUGGAUGUGGAGAAAGAAUUAAUAGAGCAGGAAGUGAAUUUAUCUUCUUCAUAUGAGGACAAAAAUGGUAUUGAAAGGCAUUCAAAUGGCACCGGAGAUGCCAAGGAAAAUGAUUCAUACAAUUUCUACCAGGCUGCUGAUGGUCAACAUCUAAUUCUUCAUCCUCUAAACAUGAAGUGUUUACUUCACCAUUAUGGGAGCUAUGAUAUGCUUCCGCACAGAAUAAGUGGAAGGAUCCUGCAAUUGGAGACAAUUACUCAGUCUGAGGCCAUGAGGAGGCGGUAUCGAUUCUUAAGUCAUUUUCCUUUGACCACAACAUUUCAGCUUUGCGAAGUUGAUUUGAGUGAGAUGCUGCCUCCAGAAGCACUGGCUCCAUUUAUGGAUGAAAUAAAGAAACGUGCAAAUCAAAGGAAGCAGCUUGCAAAAAAGGAACGGAAGGAAAAGAUAAAGGCUGAAGCUACUUCUACAUAUUCUCUUCCCAUACCAUUGAAUUAUCAGCUUUCUUCUCGUGAAUCACCUCCGACAUUCUCCAUGGACGACUUUGAAGCUCUGGGAAAUUCAACUAUGUCAUCAAGUCCUCCAGUUGUUGGGGAGAGAAAAUCGUUCUCAAAUGUUACUAGACUUGGUUUUGCUGCUGGUCAUGAUUCUCCAUCCUUACAAAUUCAAGAAACAAGUGGUCUACCUAAUACCAAUAUGACCACAGAUUCUUCUGCUACAACGGGUUUGAGAAACGGGGAGACACAAUCAUACUCCCACGUGAUAUCAAGAGCUGAAUCAAAUACAAGCUUGAAUGUGCCAAAGACAAAUGACUUGGGGAAGAAGGGAAAGAAACCAAAUCGAGUUCUUCUGUCAACAGCUGGUGGUAGGCGUUAUUGAUUACUUGGUCGCCGACCACAUGCCAAAUUAGCGAUUCUCGCUUCUUUCGAAUCUGAUUUCAGGGGAGUUAUUAGCUUUCUAUGUAUUACAUGUACUUUAUGCACCUCUAAUUACUUGUAGAUAAGGGUAGCGUGUGGAGUGAAUAAAUGUUCCCAGCAAUAAACUAGCCAUGACAGUUAGAUGUUCAAUUGAUUGUUCAUCGAGUCUGUAGAACUAUGUGCGACAAAGGAUGAUAAUCAGAUCUAGACACCAUUUCAAUGGGUUAUAAAUUCAUAAGAUUGCAGAAUUAUCUACUAAAUGAUUUAAUUUUAUGAAGAAUUACG